AUGCCUUCGAAUCUAGAAGACGGCCUGCUCGAUCGUGACGGCAUGGCUAGCCAGACACGGGAGCUCAUGCCGUGGCAAUCUGCCACCUGGGAAACCAGCGGUGCAAUCAUCACCCCCGCCAAACGAAAAUUACGGUGGCUACGGACACUGCUCUGGCCGGCAGCAAAUGCAGACAGUGGUGGCAUCAGAGCUUCUGGAAGCGGAACUGCUAGCGGUUCAGGCCCACGGAGCCUACGACCCACAGCCUAUCUAGAUGGCCUCCGCGGCUUCGCCGCCUUUCUCGUCUACAUACAUCAUCACCAGCUUUGGGCGCACGCAGCCAGCCUACUCGGGGACGACCAAAUCUUCGAAAAUGCUUAUGGUUAUAAUGGCCAGUACCGCUUUGCGACACUGCCUGGUGUAAGAAACUUCUUUACUGGUGGUCACAUGGCCGUAGCUACCUUUUAUGUCAUCUCUGGCUACGUGCUCGCCGCCAAGCCAUUGUCCCUCAUUCAUGCUGGUGAGCAUGUCCGCCUCCUCGACAACCUGGCCUCAUCCAUGUUCCGCCGCUGGAUUCGACUUUACUUUCCCAUUAUCGUCACCACUUUUGUCUAUGUCACUUCAUGGCACGUCUUCGGCAUAUGGACUUCGUGUUGUGUUCAACAGGGCAGCAUAUUUGAUGAAUGGUGGAAUUGGUAUGUGGAGUUCAAGAACUUCAGCUUCGUUUUUAAAGAGGGUUUCAUCUGGGUCACUUACAACAACCACCUCUGGUCCAUCCCGCUCGAGAUGCGGGGCUCUAUCGUCGUCUUCAGCGCCCUCCUGUCAUUUGCGCGUAUCACCACCCGUGCUCGCCAUUGCUGCAUGCUAGGCUUGACAUUCUACUUUUUGUAUGUCGCGGACGGCUACUAUUGCGCUUUGUUUGUCAUGGGCAUGUUGCAGUGUGAUCUUGACAUGAUGGCACAGCGGUCUGACCCCGAAUUUCCGACCAUUUUGCGCCGUUUGGAACCUUAUAAGAAGGCCAUCUACUACACACUCUUCAUCAUCAGUAUGUAUCUCGCCGGCGUUCCGUCCGAGACAAAUAGCAUUGAGAAGCUACGCAACAAUCCCGGCUGGUAUUGGCUGUCUUUCCUCAAGCCACAAGCUGUUUUCGAUCCAAAAUGGAUUGGACCGAUGGGCCUCGAAAUAUCAUUUCUGCUUCCUCACAUAAUCCUCCUGCCCGUCACACUUUGGGUGGCCGAUAUUGUCACCCGUACAGUCGACGAGCCUACGGUUCGCAUUGCCAACUGGUUUUACAAGUCGCUUCUAAGCGGUAAUACCGCGUCGCAACCGCGACCUGAAGGUUCUAUGCGCCUCGCAUAA